UAAUACUAGAAACCUAUUGCAACGUAUAUAAGAGCUUAGAUUUCUUGUUCUUUCACACCUUCAUUUGUCAUCUUUGAAAAGUAACUGGCAGGAGACAUUUUGACCAGAAAAAUAAUCAGUCCUUUAAAGGAUCCUCACAAAGGGAUAACCCUAAGGAUGAAACCAAUAUGCUUAAUCUUGGGCCUUUUGGCCCUUGUAGCAUGUUUCUCGCCUGCUGAGAGUCAGAGAGGCCACAGGGGACCAUAUCCACCUAACCCAUUGUUGCUGCCUCCUCUUCCUCCUGAGCCUUUACCUUUGGACCCAAGAUUUGUUCCACCCCCACCUCCUCCCCCUUAUGGUCCAGGGAGAAUUCCACCCCCACCUCCUCCCCCUUAUGGUCCAGGGAGAAUUCCACCACCUCCUCCUCCCCCUUAUGGUCCAGGGAGAAUUCCACCACCUCCUCCUCCCCCUUAUGGUCCAGGGAGAAUUCCACCACCUCCUCCUCCCCCUUAUGGUCCAGGGAUAAUUCCACCACCUCCUCCUCCCCCUUAUGGUCCAGGGAGAAUUCCACCACCUCCUCCUCCCCCUUAUGGUCCAGGGAUAAUUCCACCACCUCCUCCUCCUCCUUAUGGCCCAGGUUAUCCAUAUUCACCUUUCCAACCAAGACCUUAUCCACCUGGACCUCCACUGUUCCCUGAAUACCCUCCAUUUUAUCCUGCCUCCUUUACCUCUGCACCCCAAAUACAAGCUACUACAGCGAGCUCCACUACGACCACAAAAAAACCCACCACCACCAAAACAGACUCCACCAGCCCCACAACUACUGCUUCUACUACUCAAGAUACAACCACUGCUUCUACUACUCAAGAUACAACCCCUGCUCCUACUGAAAAGAGCUUUUUUGAUAAAGUCAUUUCAAUUCCUUUAGAAAAUCCAGAUAUGGAAGUGUCUACUGCUGGGAGAAGCUUCAUGGACCAGAGACUUCAGAAGGCCAGGUAUGCAGUAGUAACUCAUCAGGAAGUCCUAGAAGCAGAGCCCUCCCUUCAGGAGCAAAAUUACAGAAUGAAAAAAUUAACUUUCAUCUUCAGCCUGUUGGCUCUUAUUGCAUGUUUCACGUGCAGUGAGAGCCAAAGAGUACCCAGAGGACCACAUCUACUUGGUCUGGCGCCACAACACCCUGCAUUCCACAACCUAUACCUUCAUCCUUUCCACGGCCCAGGACGUAUUCCACCACCCUUCCCGGGACGUGUUCCACCACCCUUCCCGGGACGUGUUCCACCACCCUUCCCGGGACGUGUUCCACCACCCGGCCCGGGACGUGUUCCACCACCCGGCCCGGGACGUGUUCCACCACCCGGGCCGGGACGAAUUCCACCACCUGUCCCAGGACGUAUUCCACCACCCGGCCCGGGACGUAUUCCACGACCUCUACCUCCUCUUGGUCCACCAGGAUGCAUUCCUCCUUAUACUUUUCCCUUUGGCCCAGUGCAUAUUCAUCCCAGACCCCAUCCAUUGAAACCUGGACCUUUUCUAGGUUAUCCAAAUUUACCUUUCCAACCAGGACCUCACCCUGGGCCAUAUCCCGUAUUUCCUAUUUAUUGUCCCUUCCCUAAACCUCGACCCACAAUUAAAACAACCACCAUACCUACAACUGCAAUCACUACAACUACAGAAUCUGCCACCACAACAUCAACCAGCACCACUUCCACAGAACCCACCACCACAACAACUAUCAUCUCUUCCACAGAACCCAUCAGCACAAUAGCAGCCACCACUUUUACAGCACCCACUACAAUGGCAACCACCAUCACUUCCACAGAACCCACGAAAAUGGCAAACACCAACACUUUCUUACAACCCAUCACACCUACCGUCAUUUCCACAGAACCCACCAUGACAACCACCACCAAUGACAUAGUAGCUACUGCAACAGUCACUACCACCGCUUCCACAGAAACAGCUAUAAGAGAAGAUACCACUCAUUUCACAGAAACCAUUAGCCCAACAGCCAUCAGCACUUCCACCGAACCCAUCACCACAACAUCAACCACCACCACUUCCACAGAACCCACCACCACAACAACUAUCAUCUCUUCCACAGAACCCAUCAGCACAACAGCAGCCACCACUUUCACAGUACCCACUACAAUGGCAACUACCAUCACUUCCACAGAACCCACCAAAAUGGCAAACACCAACACUUUCAUAGAAUCCAUCACAACACCCACCAUCAUUUCCACAGAACCCACCAUGACAACAACCACCAAAGACAUAGUAGCUACUACAACAGUCACUACCACCACUUCCACAGAAACAGCUACAAAAGAAGAUACCACUGGUAUCACAGAAACCACUAGUACAACAGCCAUCAGCACUUCCACCGAACCCAUCACCUCAUCAACCACCAUCACUUCCAUAGAACCCACCACAACAGCCACCAUCAUUUCCACAGAACCCACAACGACAGCCAACAUCAUUUCCACAGAACCCACCAUAACCACUGCUACUUCCACAGUACCCACUACAAUAGUCACUGCCACCACUUCCACAGAAACAGCUACAAGAGAAGAUACCACUGAUAUCACAGAAACCACUAGCACAACAGCCAUCACCACUUCCACCGAACCCAUCACCUCAUCAACCACCAUCACUUCCACAGAACUCACCACAACAGCCACCAUCAUUUCCACAGAACCCACCAUGACCACCGCUACUUCCACAGUACCCACUACAAUAGUCACUGCCACCACUUCCACAGAAACAGCUACAAGAGAAGAUACCACUGAUAUCACAGAAACCACUAGCACAACAGCCAUCACCACUUCCACUGAACCCAUCACCACAACAUCAACCACCACCACUUCCACAGAACCCACCACCACAACAACCAUCAUCUCUUCCACAAAACCCAUCAGCACAACAGCAGCCACCACUUUCACAGUACCCACUACAAUGGCAACUACCAUCACUUCCACAGAACCCACCAAAAUGGCAAACACCAACACUUUCAGAGAACUCACCACAACACCCACUGUCAUUUCCACAGAACCCACCAUGACAACCACCACCAAUGACAUAGUAGCUACUGCAACAGUCACUACCACCGCUUCCACAGAAACAACCACAAGAGAAGAUACCACUCAUUUCACAGAAACCACUAGCACAACAGCCAUCACCACUUCCAUCGAACCCAUCACCACAUCAACCACCAUCACUUCCACAGAACUUACCACAACAGCCACCAUCAUUUCCACAGAACCCACAACGACAGCCACCAUCAUUUCCACAGAACCCACAACAACACCCACCAUCAUUUCCACAGAACCCACCAUGACCACCUCUACUUCUACAGUACCCACUACAACAGUCACUGCCACCACUUCCACAGAAACAGCUACAAGAGAAGAUACCACUGAUAUCACAGAAACCACUAGCACAACAGCCAUCACCACUUCCACUGAACCCAUCACCACAACAUCAACCACCACCACUUCCACAGAACCCACCACCACAACAACUAUCAUCUCUUCCACAGAACCCAUCAGCACAACAGCAGCCACCAUUUUCAUACAACCCAUCACAACACCCACCAUCAUUUCCACAGAACCCACCAUGACCACUGCUACUUCUACAGUACCCACUACAACAGUCACUGCCACCACUUCCACAGAAACAGCUACAAGAGAAGAUACCACUGAUAUCACAGAAACCACUAGCACAACAGCCAUCACCACUUCCACUGAACCCAUCACCACAACAUCAACCACCACCACUUCCACAGAACCCACCACCACAACAACUAUCAUCUCUUCCACAGAACCCAUCAGCACAACAGCAGCCACCACUUUCAUACAACCCAUCACAACACCCACCAUCAUUUCCACAGAACCCACCAUGACAACCACCACCAAUGACAUAGUAGCUACUACAAUAGUCACUACCACUGCUUCCACAGAAACAGCUGUAAGAGAAGAUACCACUGAUAUCACAGAAACCGCUAGCACAACAGCCAUCAACACUCACACCGAAUCCAGCACCACAACAGCCACCAUCAUUUCCACAGAACCCACCCCCACAACAACCACCACGAUGUUUAUACUACCGACUUCAAUAGCAACAACCACCACUUCCACAGAACCAACAACAAUAGCCACCACCAUCACUUCCACAGAACCAAUCAUCACCACAACAGAAGCCACCACCUCCUCAGCAGUACCUACCUCUUCGUCAAUAGACCCCACCACUACACAAUCUACCACAGCUACUACUCAAAUUAUAACCAACCCUCCCACCACCAUAUUACCCAGUACCACUAUCCAAGUGACAACAUCAAUAAGGAAAAAUUUCAAGUAUUAUUGGGAUAAACUCCUUUGCUUUUUUGAUCAAAAUUGUGAGAAAUGAUAUUUUCCAAAUUGCUCUGAACCCUUAAGAGAAAUGAAUUGUAAUUAUUUCAAUGAAACCAACUCUGAUAACUAGCACACCAAACAAAUAAAAUUAAGUACUAUUUGAGCAAAAA